UCUAGCUCUGCUUCGAAAGCUCAAGCUCCGUUUCAAUUUCAACUCCGGCCGAUCAGCAAUCCGACGAGAGAGAAGAGGCGCACUUUAGACGAAGAAGAAGAAGAAAAAGAGUUGCACCGGCAGGCGUAAUGGCUCGCUUCAAGGCACGCGCUUCCGGCGUGGUUCUAUCGAUGCUGUUGCUCGGAUGUAUCUUUGCAAUUUCAAUUGCAAAGGAGGAAGCCACCAAGUUGGGAACGGUUAUCGGGAUAGACCUUGGCACAACUUAUUCUUGUGUUGGUGUCUACAAGAAUGGCCAUGUUGAAAUUAUAGCCAAUGAUCAAGGAAACCGUAUUACCCCAUCAUGGGUUGCUUUCACAGACAGUGAGAGACUUAUUGGUGAGGCAGCAAAGAACCAGGCUGCUGUCAAUCCCGAAAGGACCAUCUUUGAUGUUAAGAGACUUAUUGGAAGAAAAUUUGAGGACAAAGAGGUGCAGAGGGACAUGAAACUUGUUCCAUACAAGAUUGUGAACAAGGAUAGCAAGCCUUACAUUCAGGUGAAGAUUAAGGAUGGAGAGACCAAGGUCUUCAGCCCUGAGGAAAUUAGUGCUAUGGUUCUGAUCAAGAUGAAGGAAACAGCUGAGGCAUUCCUGGGGAAGAAAAUCAAGGAUGCCGUGGUCACUGUUCCUGCAUACUUUAACGAUGCUCAGAGGCAGGCCACCAAGGAUGCUGGGAUAAUUGCUGGAUUGAAUGUUGCAAGAAUAAUCAAUGAGCCAACUGCUGCUGCUAUUGCGUAUGGUUUAGAUAAGAAAGGAGGCGAGAAAAACAUCCUUGUCUUUGACCUUGGUGGUGGGACAUUUGAUGUCAGUAUCUUGACAAUUGACAAUGGUGUUUUUGAGGUUCUUUCCACUAAUGGAGACACUCAUUUGGGAGGCGAGGACUUUGACCAGAGGAUUAUGGAAUACUUCAUCAAGUUGAUCAAGAAGAAGCAUGGAAAGGAUAUCAGUAAGGACAACAGGGCUCUUGGGAAGCUCAGGAGGGAAUGUGAGCGUGCCAAGAGAGCUCUGAGCAGCCAGCACCAGGUCCGUGUGGAGAUUGAAUCACUGUUUGAUGGUAUGGAUUUCUCUGAGCCACUGACCAGAGCUCGCUUUGAGGAGUUGAACAAUGAUUUAUUCAGAAAAACUAUGGGGCCUGUGAAGAAAGCAAUGGAAGAUGCUGGAAUGGAGAAGAACCAAAUUGAUGAGAUUGUUCUUGUUGGUGGAAGUACUAGAAUUCCAAAGGUUCAGCAGCUUCUUAAGGAAUACUUUGAUGGCAAGGAGCCUAACAAGGGUGUUAACCCUGAUGAAGCUGUUGCUUAUGGUGCUGCAGUACAGGGAGGUAUCUUGAGUGGAGAGGGUGGCGAUGAAACCAAAGAUAUCCUUCUCCUUGAUGUGGCUCCUCUCACCCUUGGUAUUGAGACUGUUGGUGGAGUGAUGACCAAAUUGAUUCCCAGAAACACUGUUAUUCCAACCAAGAAGUCACAAGUUUUCACUACUUAUCAGGAUCAGCAGACCACCGUCUCCAUUCAGGUCUUUGAAGGUGAAAGGAGUCUCACGAAGGAUUGUAGAUUGCUUGGGAAAUUCGAUCUUACUGGAGUUCCUCCAGCUCCAAGAGGAACCCCUCAAAUUGAAGUCACUUUUGAAGUGGAUGCCAAUGGUAUCCUGAAUGUCAAGGCUGAAGACAAGGGCACUGGUAAAUCAGAGAAGAUCACCAUCACCAAUGACAAGGGUCGUUUGAGCCAGGAGGAGAUUGACAGAAUGGUUAGGGAGGCAGAAGAAUUUGCCGAGGAGGACAAGAAGGUUAAGGAAAGAAUUGAUGCCCGCAACAGCCUGGAGACCUAUGUUUACAACAUGAAAAACCAGAUCAACGACAAGGACAAGCUUGCUGACAAGCUGGAGUCUGACGAGAAGGAGAAGGUUGAAACUGCUGUAAAGGAAGCCCUUGAAUGGCUGGAUGACAACCAGACUGCAGAGAAGGAAGAUUACGAGGAGAAGCUGAAAGAGGUAGAAGCUGUUUGCAAUCCGAUCAUCACUGCUGUAUAUCAAAGAUCUGGUGGUGCCCCUGGUGGUGGAUCUUCUGAAGAUGAUGAUUCACAUGAUGAACUGUGAGGAGAACUCAAAAUUUUCUGAUAGGUAGGAAAUCUGAGGAUACUGUAAUUUUUCAUGUGGUAGAAGUUUAAAAGGGAGCUGAAUGUCCCUCUCUCUUCCCUUGGUUUUGGGUGAACACACUUUUUUGUGACAGAUUUUGUUUCUAGUACGUAUUUCACUUUGGUUAUCUUAAAGAAGUAACAUUUCCUAAUUCCCAAUUAUGUCUUUCAUUUCUGAAUUCUUAGGAAGAAAAAAAGGAAAAUCAAAGAUGUAUUGACGU